UUCCCCAUCUUCUCCAUCUCAAAAUCCAAAUCCAAUUUCUCCUUCUUAAUCCCAACCCACUUCUUAUUUUCCAUCCCUCUAUAAAGGGUUGCUCUCAGAUUCUUCUGGCUCGCCGGAAUCCAUGGCGGUUCACGCUCAGUUAUACCCGGAAAACCUUGGCUUCCCCUUCGCCGCCGCCGCCGCCUCGCCGGACUGGCUCGUCGACUACGGCUGCGGCGCUGCCACCGCCACCGGACAGUUCUCCUUCAAUCUCCAACAGAAACCGCAGCUGCUCAACCAACCCCAGUGCCUCCCCGGCGACGGCUCCGUCGUCUCCCUCUCCAAGAACCCUCACCGGCCGGCGGCGUUUUCUCAAUGCAUUACUGCCCACGUCGAGAAACAGAGACAAGAGAUUGACCAUUACAUCAGAUUACAGAAUGAGAGUUUGAGAAUGGCGCUGCGGGAGCAAGGGAAGCAACAGGCUGCGACAUUACUGAGGAAAAUAGAAUUGAAAACAGCGAUAAUGCUACGGCAUAAGGAGGAAGAAAUUGCCCAAGCUGCGAAAAAAACAAUGGAACUCGAAAUUUUCCUGAGAAAAUUAGAAACAGAGAAUCAGCUGUGGCAGAGAAUCGCCCAAGAAAACGAAGCCAUGGCGAUUUCGCUCAACAACAGAUUAGAUCAAAUGAGAGAAGAAAGAGUCUCCAAUAGCUUCGAAGACGCCGAAUCCUGCUGCGACAUCAACGUAGAAAACUCCACCGCCGUGGCCGGCGGAGAUUGUGAAGCUCCGGCGAGAAACAGAGCAAACAGAGGAUGCUCUGUUUCAGAACAGGGGAGGAAUAAAAUGAUUUGCAGAGGCUGUAAUUGCCGGAAUUCGACUGUGAUUUUCUUGCCUUGCCGGCAUCUCUGUUCAUGUAAAAACUGCGAAUCGGUUCUAGAUUCAUGCCCAGUUUGCGAAACGCAGAAGAAAGCCACAAUAGAGGCUUUGAUUUUCUAGGCAAAAUUGAAGAACCCUGAAUUUUCUUUUCCGGGGAAGUGGAGGAAAAUCAGAAACAAAGUGGUGGUGGGUAAUGAUGGUGAUGAUCAGAGAUCCCAUGUCAAUAGAAUGCACUGUUCUUCAAUUUCUUCUCUUUUUUUCUUUUUAUCUUAAUUUUCUGAUUUUGGAUUGAAAAAUUGUACUUUGAAACUACCAAAAUGAAGUGGACAGAUUAUUACAGGA